AUGAAGUCCACAGGUGAGCCAGAAGAGACCAGCAGACCCCCCAGCGGGGCCAGACCCCCCGGCGGGGCCAGGACCCUGGCUUUGACUGUUUGCUCUGCUGCCAUUGGAGGAACCUUCCAGUACGGCUACAACAUCUCCAUCAUCAACGCUCCGACCAGCUACAUCCAGACCUUCAUUAACGAGACCUACCUGGAGCGCUGGGGCCUGGGCUUGGAGAGCUCUCAGGUGACCCUGAUGUGGACUCUGAUUGUGUCAGCCUUCUCGUUAGGUGGUCUGGUCGGAGCCCUGCUGGCAGGUCCUCUGGCGGUCCGCUUUGGGAGGAAGAACUCUCUGCUUCUGAACAACUGUUUCCUGUUUGCUGGUGCUGGUCUGGUGCUGACCUGCAGGGUGGCCAGAUCCUUUGAGAUGAUCGUCGUUGCUCGUUUCCUGGUGGGGAUCAACUCCGGGGUCAGUAUGAACAUCCAGCCUAUGUACUUUGGGGAAAGCGCACCCAAACACCUGCGGGGCGCUGUGGCCUUUUCCUCUGCUGUUUUCACUGCUUUUGGGAUCUUCUUGGGUCAGGUGGUGGGACUCACUGGGCUGUUGGGUUCAGAGGCUCUCUGGCCCUUCCUGCUGGCCAGUAAUGCUUUGCCAGGGUUGAUCCAGCUCCUUACCCUACCCUGGUUCCCCGAAAGCCCCCGAUACCUCCUGAUUGACCGUGGAGAUAGGGAGGCCUGUGUGCGGGCGCUCGGGAGGCUUCGUGGUGGCGAGGCUCCGGUCUCGGAGAUGGAUGAGAUGCUUCAGGAGCAGCAACAGCAAAAAUCUGCAGCUUCUGCUGAGACGCCAUGUUCCUUGUUUAAGGAUCCAAACUUACGAUCUCAGCUCAGAACAGUCAUGGCUGCCAGUAGCGCCAUGAUGCUCUGCGGGAAUGACUCCAUCUACUUCUAUGCUUACUACAUCUUCCUGGAAGCAGGGAUCCCUCCACAGCAGAUCCAGUACGUCACCAUCGGCACGGGGGCGUCUGAGCUGACGGCGUCUAUCCUCAGUAACCUGCUGAUUGAGCGCGUGGGGCGCCGCUACCUCCUGGUGGGAGGCUACAGUCUGAUGUCCUGCUGGAGUGUGGUCUUCACUGUGGCUCUGAGCCUCCAGAGCCGGGGGGUGGAUGGGAUGGCCUACCUCAGCAUGGCGUGUGUGUUCGUCUACAUCCUCAGCUUCGGCUUGGGCCCUGCAGGGGUGACGGGGGUCUUACCGGCCGAGAUCUUCGACCAGGCGUCUCGGCCGGCGGCGUACAUGGUAGCGGGGUCGUGUAUGUGGAUCAGCCUGUUCUUGGUAGGAAUGCUGUUCCCCUUCAUCGUUAAAUACCUUGGCGACUUCUGCUUCCUGCCGUUCUUGGUGGUUUGCGUGGUGGCCGCUGUGUUUCUGGGGCUCACCUUACCAGAGACUAAGGGCAAGACGCUGGCAGAGAUUACAGCAGAGUUUGAUAGAAACAAUGGCGUGAAGCCAGUUCUGCAGUUGGAUGAGCCCAGCACGGAGCAGUAUCGGCUGGGUAAAGCUUGCUCCCUCACUUCCCUAACCCAGGAUCCUGACCCUGAACCCGACCAGAAGAAUUCUGUCUAAAAUCUGACGUCCUCAAGUAAAAGUAUACUGACACAGGAAGUGCCUUUUUGGCCUUUUUUUGCACUUAUAGUCUUGACUACAUAGUAGGUUAAAAAUGAAGAGUCUAUUUAUGAAAGAGUAUCUGUGUAAUAACUGAUACUCAUAUCCUGGCUGUAUGUAAUAAGUUAUUGGAAAGUAUGAGAA